UGUCAUUAUCGUGUAACCACAAAAAAAUCAAGAAAUAAAACCAAAACAAUAACGUCAAACAAUAAUGGCUUCAGAAGAAUCGAUACACUUCUUAGAACUCCCAGAAGAAAUACAUGAACACAUAUUUUCAUACCUCACUUUUCACGAGACAAGUGAAACACGGCGGGUAUGCAGACUUUUCAACAAACAUUGUAUGCAAAGACUGAAUAAGGGGUUUGUAAGAGUGGACAAAUUCCAUGCCCACAUACAAAAGGAAGUUAAGAACAAAUUGCCAAGACGAGAGUCGGAGAGAAGAAACCAUCAUCUAGCAAGACAUGUCGAUAUUCUGUCCGCAAUCGAGACAAGACUGUCUCUACUUGGGAUGUCUUAUUCCAAAUACAUGGAGUCUGGCUUGUGCUGCUUCAUUCCCGGAAAGGUCCUGGAUGAGCUGCUGUCGAUCCUGUUCCGGCUCCAAUGUAAGGAGCAGCCUCCCCGGUCUCAUGAGUUUCUCCAGGAGUUGAGAGAUAUAUCCUCUAUGGCCAUGGAACACUUUGACGAAAAGAUCGCGCCAAACUUGAAGAACAAGCUGCCAGCUAUCACCCUUCCAUAUCCUUUCUCUGAAACAUGUGCCUCUACAUCAGCAAUCUUCCCAUUUCCUCCAUCCCCAGUGCGCGGCCCCAGUAUGAGGUCAGAGGUCACCAGCCUUGGCCUGCAGGUCAGGGGUCAAACCAGCAGCGUGAUGCAGGUACGAAAGGAAGUUGUUGAGCUGAAGAAUUGCUAUACACAGUACAAGAAGAAAAUCGUCGAACAAGAGAAGAAACUCGUGCAUCAGGGGCAGACAAUCAUUGAGCUCGAUAAAAAAGUGAAUGAUCUGAAUCAAAAAUUUGUAGACUUAGCCGCUGAGUUUCAGAAACUGCGUGAACAGAAGGAGGGGGGUGAGGGACUGGGUGGGAGUGUGUGUCAUGUGUCAGAGAAAGGGGGUGAGGAGGUUAAUGGGUUUCUAGCCCCAGCGCCAGGUACCUCUAGCAAGACUACGGCCACAAAGAGGCGGAAACGAAAAUCUGGGGGCAAAGCAGAAACUGCCGGGAAACGUUCAAGAAGAAGUAACAAUUGAAAACAAUGUCUGGUUUAAGUUUAUGAAUAUAAUACAAUAUGUUAUAUGCAAAACUGUUAAUCAUUAUUGAGGAGAUUUGUAGCGGUAUGUGAUUUUACACGUCUUUGUAUUGAAAUCUUUCAAUGGGAAACUAUUGAUAGGCUUAAAGUGACAUGUAUCCUAUGUAACCUGGUGACCUCAUAUAAGUGAAGUAUUAUUUAAAAGGAUAUUUCUUACUGGUUAGUUUGUGAAAUAAAUGCCUGAAAUAACGUAACAAGUUAUUGGGGUUGACUUUUUUGUUCUUCAUUUCAAUGGAAAUUGAAUGCAGAAUUACCAAUUUUCAAUCUUUUGGGGCCAAUUUUUUUUUAUGACUUUUUAGAGAUUAUUUGUUCAAUUAGCUUUCUCUAAUCAUUUAAACUUUUGAAAUGAUGCAAAGUAAUAUGGGGUCAGCAGGCAUCCAAAAGUCACCUUACUAUACAUCUUACAGUACAUAGAGUACAUUUAUAGUAAUAUGAUAUCAUGUUAUAAAAUAUUUCUUUUAUUAGCAAGUUCUCUCAAGUAAACAUGCCCUUAGGUUAAGACUGUUGACAUCUUACAUUUUUUGUGUCUGUGUAAAUAAUGGGUAAAAAUUAAUCUGAAAAUAAGUACUGAGUCAUAAAUGAUAUUAUACAACAAAUGCUACUGAGCAAGCAUUUGGGCAUUACAAAUUAAAAAUAAGCCUGGUACCGGUAUAUGUUUUGCAAUAUUUUUUGCUGAUCUGAUAAAUUGCCCAUCUUUCAUUCAGGCAAUUUAUGUGUGUUCUUGUAUGUUGACCUAUAUCUAUGUAAUCAUGGCCUAAUAAUUCAAUUCAAUGAACUGAAAAUGUUUGAUCUUAGGAAUGCAAUUUUAUAUAUAUUUUGUAUCACAAAUUAUGUUUAUUUAUUAUAUAAGAAGAAAUCACCGUCAUAUCUUAAAUGUUACGGUUUUUAAGUGUUUAAUCAUGGUGAACUGUAUUCCGAGUGUGUUUUUUCCUUCAUUUUACCGAGAUUUUUUUUCAUGUUUAGAAGCUACUUUUUUAACCAUCAGUUAUAUUGAAUAUAGGUAUGCUAGUAUUAGCGUGUUACUUGUGAAGCACAUUUCAUGUUUUUGUUUAUUGUUAUGUGAUUUUAUGUUCUUGUCAAGUAAUUUAUGUAAUAAGUAGACUAAACAAACAUGACUGACACUGAUUUAGAAUUGUUUUUGAUUCAAACAUGCUUCCAUUUAUUUUAACCUUGUUUUUGUUUCAAUAAAACCACUUGCUUUAAUGGACAAAUAAGAGAGGCAUGUGAUAACUCCGGAAGUUGCGAAUCGCAUAUAUGUAGCUGUUGCAAUUAGCUUUUCACCUAACAUGUAAAUAGUGUGAUCAUAUAUGUUAUAAACUUUUCUACAGAAAGACUUCUACGUCUAUAUGUUUGUAAUAAAACUUUAGAAUGACCUGUACGAUAGCAUAGGAGAAAUGAUUUAUGCAAGUAACAGCGAGCCUUCAGGCUCAGAUUAAAAGGUAGAAUUAAUAAAAAUAAAAAUUGUACAACUUCAUCACUGUACAAAUGUUUUGCAACCACGAUUAUUUAAAAGUUACAUAAACCAAUAAUGGCUUUUCAUGAUGUCUUAACGUUCUGGAAGUCACAUUGCUUUUAUAGGAUCAUAGGACUGAUGCUCUGUUCUUGUUCAUGCAAUAUUUAGGGUGCCAGUAAUCACAACACCAAUAGUCAUGUUUUGUUGAUGUAAUGCAGUUAAAGUUCCUGUUGUUCACUAUUAAAAUUAAGAAGCUAA